AUGCUGCCCUGGGUGCCGCGGGCGCUGCUCGGCUUGCUUCUGCCCACACUGCUGGCACCACGGGGAGAAGCCAAGCACAGGGGGGACGCCCAGCCCCCCAACGUCUCCAGGCCGGCUCUUCUGCGGCUGUCAGAUCACCUGCUGGCCAACUACAAGAAGGGUGUGCGGCCCGUGAGGGACUGGAGGACACCGACCACCGUGUCCAUCGAUGUCAUCCUCUACGCCAUCCUCAGCGUGGAUGAGAAGAAUCAGGUCCUGACCACCUACAUCUGGUAUCGGCAGUACUGGACCGAUGAGUUUCUCCAGUGGGACCCCGAGGACUUUGACAACAUCACCAAAUUGUCCAUCCCCACAGACAGCAUCUGGGUCCCAGACAUCCUUAUCAAUGAGUUUGUGGACGUGGGGAAGUCUCCAAACAUCCCGUAUGUGUACGUCCGGCAUCACGGCGAGGUCCAGAACUACAAGCCCCUCCAGGUGAUGACUGCCUGUAGCCUGGACAUCUACAACUUCCCCUUCGAUGUACAGAACUGCUCGCUGACCUUCACCAGCUGGCUGCACAACAUCCAGGACAUCAACAUCUCCUUGUGGCGACUGCCCGAAAAGGUGAAGUUCGACAGGAGCGUCUUCAUGAACCAGGGCGAGUGGGAGCUGCUGGGGGUGCUGACCCAGUUUCAGGAGUUCAGCAUAGAAAGCAGCGACAGCUACGCAGAGAUGAAGUUCUAUGUCGUCAUCCGCCGCCGGCCCCUCUUCUAUGCGGUCAGCCUGCUUCUGCCCAGUAUCUUCCUCAUGGUCGUGGACAUCGUGGGCUUCUACCUGCCUCCGGACAGCGGCGAGAGAGUUUCCUUCAAGAUCACGCUCCUCCUGGGCUAUUCGGUCUUCCUGAUCAUCGUGUCCGACACGCUGCCGGCCACGGCCAUCGGCACGCCCCUCAUCGGUGUCUACUUCGUCGUCUGCAUGGCUCUCCUGGUGAUCAGCUUGGCCGAGACGAUCCUCAUCGUGCGGCUGGUACACAAACAGGAUCUGCAGCAGCCCGUGCCCGCCUGGCUGCGCCAUCUGGUUCUUGAGAGAGUCGCCCUGCUCCUCUGCAUAGGGGAGCAGUCGACUCCCCGGAGGCCCCCGGCCACCUCCCAAGCCGCCAAGACCGAUGACUGCUCAGACAUGGGAAACCACUGCAGCCAUCUGGGGGGACCCCGGGACUUGGAGAAGACCCCGAGGGGCAGAGGCAGCCCUCCCCCGCCGCCUCGGGAGGCCUCCCUGGCAGUGCGCGGGCUGCUGCAGGAGCUGACCUCCAUCCGGCACUUCCUGGAAAGGCGGGAGGGGAGUCGGGAGGUGGCCCGGGACUGGCUGCGUGUGGGCUCCGUGCUGGACCGGCUGCUCUUCCGCAUCUACCUGCUGGCGGUGCUGGCCUACAGCAUCACCUUGGUCACACUCUGGUCCAUUUGGCAGUAUUCCUGAGUGGGUCCAGCCCAGCGCCUGGCCACGGGGGAGUGGGGAAGGGGGGAUGGCGCUUGUUAGGAUGGGGAUGGGGGAAUUUCAGGACCAAGGGGCACCAGUGAUGUUCUCAAAGCACACGUACAGUUCCUGCCUGUUUCCAGUGCCAAUGCAUCUCAGCAGUCCCAAACCAGGGCCUUCACUCUCCCUCCCCCAAACUUGGUGUUUAAGAUUCUUCCAUCCUCAUCCACUCCCCUACAGGCCUAUUAUAGCUUUAAAACACACUCCUGGAUCAGAAGAAACACACACAUGGCCUGACUUCACUCUCUAAACAUCAAGCCUCAGUUUCCCCAAGGGCGUGUCCCUGAACUGGCACUUUGGAAUUCUGCUCAUCCCCGCAGCCUUGUUUUGAGGUGGAGAUAAGCCAGCUCUCUGCCACAUGGGCCUCAUUACUCUGCAUUAGGUUCAUCCAACCCUAAGGUCUCCCUGCUCGCCGGUGGCCACUUCCCUGAACACCCACCAGAUGAAAGAUAAUAAAAAUGCAAUGAAUC